AUGAAUCAAAUGAUGGGAGAUUUGCCACAAUCAAGAGUUACACCUUGUGUGACUUUCCUUCAUACCGGUCUUGAUUAUGCUGGGCCUAUAAUGGUAAGAUUAGGAAAGGGUCGCGGAUAUCAAGCUCAAAAGGCGUAUAUAGCUUUAUUUGUUUGCAUGGUUACAAGAGCGUUACAUUUGGAAUUAGUGUCAGAUUAUACUUCAAAUGGGUUCCUGUCUGCAUUUAAACGUUUUGUUUCACGUCGAGGCUUACCGUCUAACCUAUAUAGUGAUAAUGGAACCAAUUUUCAAGGUGCAGAUAGACAUUUAAAACAAACGUUCCGUAAUCUUUCGAAGAAUGAAGAGAUUUGUAACUUCAUUUCUCAAGAUAACAUCAAAUGGAGUUUUAUACCCCCCGCUGCCCCACAUUUUGAAGGUUUGAGGGAGGCAGGGGUCAAAAGCAUCAAACACCAUUUGAGAAGAAUGAUUGGAACACAUACAUUUACUAUCGAAGAAAUGUCAACCUUAUUGUGCCAAGUAGAAGCUUGCGUUAACUCUAGACCGCUAGGUCCAUUAUCAAAUGAUGCUAAUGAUUUGAAUUAUUUAACCCCUGGCCAUUUUCUUAUCGGCAGGCCAUUAAUAUCAGUACCUGAGCACACUGUAUUGAAUUUGAACGAAAGUCGGCUUUCGAGAUGGCAAAAGGUUCAAUGUAUUACGGAACAGUUUUGGAAGAGAUUGUCUGUUGAGUAUCAACAUACUCUUCAACAACGAUAUAAGUGA